AUGUUUAUUGUUGUCCGCUUACAGAAUCGAGGCGGACAACUAGCGUCAGCUCUAAAAACAACAAUGUAUGCUACACUAAUACCGUCAUGGUCAACUGCAACAGAAGUCUGGUCUCAUAACCAAGGGUCUGACCAAUGUGUCAGUCAAACAUAUGGUGGAGUGGAAACCAAAAGUUGCAGUCUCCAUUUACCGUUUUUGUGCAUAAUCAUUUCUUCUAGAGACUGUCCAAACAGUUGUAGUCAGCAUGGUCGAUGCAACAGCAAUACUCGAACUUGUUUAUGCAACAAAGGAUGGGCAGGAAGCGAUUGCUCCGAUUUCGAUUGCUCCCAAGUUAACGAAUGCUCGGGAUAUGGUACGUGUGUUGGACCUAAUCAGUGCCGUUGCAGAGUUGGAUGGAAGGGUCGCGCCUGCACCACCACAUAUUGUGGAUUAUAUACAACAUGUCACGCAUGCAGCAGACAAGCAGGAUGUGGAUGGUGUGAUGAAAAGCAGCAAUGCCUACCGGGAUUGGGAAUUGGGCCCGACAAACACAUCUGCUCGUCAUGGUUCUACUACGCUUGUUAUUCCCCACAGACAACUCAUUCCUGCUCGCAGCGAAUUAAGGAGAUCGGAUGUAAUGAUCCGUGUAAUUGGAAAGUGGCAACAAGCAGCAAUGAAACGUGUCAACAUUGUCACGAUAUUGAAGCUUGUUACAACGGCAGGGGAUCUUGUUCGUCGUGGAACGAAGCUCAAUGUCCAUACGGUAGAGUGACUCCAGACUACGGACUGGACAUAAACGAGCCAAAAGUAGCAAGUCACUUGCCUCUUUCUCAACCGUCUGCUCGUCAAAAAAGAAAACGUCAUAUUACUUUUGAUCAAACUACUCGACGUUCUUCUGUCGAUCUCUUUAACGACGUCAAAGUGUUUGGUAGUGAUCAUGUUAUAUAUCGUAUGAUGGGACACCUCACGUCAGAAGAGUCACUCUUUAUUACCAAACCAUCUUUACCUCUCUUCAGUGGUCACAUCAUGGCUAGCAGUCAGAGUGGAGGAGUUCUAGAUAAAGUAUCUUCUGUUGGCAGCAUUGGAUCGUACCAGCUAAUCAAAAGCAGAUCAGCCACACUAGAGAACGUUAUCAAAUACGCUGACUUUCGCGAAAACGUCGAACUGGAGUCUGUUAUUCACAAGGCUGCUAUAGAACAUACUCCCAAUUCUAAUGCACUGCUACAGAUCUUGAACUCCAGCUUUCCGAAUUUGUCGGGAGCGUCGAGAACGUUAGUUAUACCGUCCAGUAAGCCAGUCUAUAAGUGCGUCGGUGAUUGGCUCAACGACACGUAUGUGAUUGCCAUUUCCAAAUCUUCAGAAAUCCUCGUAAAUGGAGAAGCUAUUGUGAGCAAUCAAAGUUUCGGAUUUAUUGAAAUAGUGCAAUCGAUCGAAGCGUCUGGAGGUCACACGUUCGUCCAUACAAUUCUGGCCGAUUGUUCCUCUACUACAGCACCAGAUUCAAUCAAAUCAUUUAUUAGAACAAAGAGUAGUCCAUCUUCUGACUUGUUACCGUCUAUAACAGGAGUAGGAGGAGAUGGUCGACUGGGUCUACUUGUUUACGAGAAUCAACUGCCCAGCAAUCUCGACAUAACAGUCGGUGACGCAGUGGUAGGUCGGCCCAGCGGUUCCAUCGCCGGUUACGUUAAAGACAAAUACAACUCGUUCGAUGACAAGAUCACAUACAUUGAAUUGGAACCGACCAGCGCUAUCGGCAAACCUCUGUGUAGAUCAACGAAUUCUGAUGGAAUUGUAGACAGCAAUGAUGACGGUACGGAAUUAGGCGACGUUGUGGUCAUUGUCGGUACCACUGAUAUUCAAAAUAAUGCGCCAAUAAUACACGAUAGAAUCGAAAAAGGAUCUCUCUCAUUGUCUGCAUGCGACCCUAUCUCAUCAAGCAACCUAGAGCCCACAUUCAGUCUAGAUCGUAUUCUCAAUCCUCAGUUUGACGGGAAUGUUCACCUAUUUACAAGAAGCAAAGUAGCUCUUAACGUAACAAGAGACGGAAGUGUCAAAGGCCCGGCGGGAAUCAAGGCCGCACCUCUUCCUAGACAACGCAAACCGUUCUGUAUCACUGUGGGACGUCUUUGCAUUCCGGGUACACUCGGGUUUGAGGCAUCACUGUCAUACAGUCUCAACUAUGAUGCAAAGUCUUUAGACUAUUCAGACAUCGAAAUAGCUCACGAGUACGUGACCAACGGAAGUCUUAGAGCGGGAAUCUUGUGGCGCAAUGACGUUGGCAGCGAGUACGUUAGAGACGCUAAAGUCAAAUCUUAUCAAGAAGUGCUUUUGAAAAAGUUCAUAUCAAAGAGUAAAAUAAAACGACGAAGCUCUUCACUCGAAACGAAUGUUUCCCCAAACUUUCGAAUCACGUGGCCAUCUCCCUAUCGACUACCUAAACAUGUCUACACAAGAGUACCAUCAUUUAUAGAGAACAGAGUGGGUGUGCACGUCACUAACACAUUGUCUUCUUCUUCACUCACAAUAAACAUCCAACCGACUUUACAUGGAAAAUGGACAGCAAAAGAGUGUUCUUCGGGCUGCCCUCUUGAUAAGAAGUUAGAAAUGGAAUCACUGGCUGGUGUGAGCAACGUUGCUGGUUCUAUGGAACUUUCCUUGCAAAACUUUAAGAUGACAAAACAACUUCAACCAUUGCAAUCAAGUCAUUUCAUCGAUCUGCGAAAAAAAGAAUGGCAUCAAAGAUUCAAACGUUGCCUUCAAUGUCUGAAUUCUUAUUGUUCCUCCCCGUGUCCUCUGGGUAGAGUCGAGCAAUAUAACUUGAAACAAAACAAAGUAGAAUGCAAAUGUCGCUGUGCUGACUUCAGUCUUAGAGACAACGGAAACAGUGGCGAUUGCAAGCAGUGUGACUGUACAUGUCAAGAUGGAACUAAAAGCACCAUUGGACCAGACGGUCAAUGUGACUGUUCUUGCAAAUGUAGAAAUUGCCAGCACUCCACUCGCGGUCCAAGUGGUUGCAUUUGUCUCAAUGACAAGUGUCCCUCAUGCCUUGAGGGUAUGGAAGCAGUGUGGCAAGACUGUGUGUGCAGCUGUCAGUCUAAACAAGAUCGAGGAGGUCUACCUCCCGUUUGCGCUGAAGGAUGGAGAGGUCCUUUCUGUGAUGUUCCCGACUGCAGUCCUUGGCCAUACUGCUCUGACAAUGGCAACUGUACAAUACCACAAAGGGAUCAAGCCGAUCGACAUCCAUACUGUGUGUGUGAGCCUCAAUGGAUUGGCAGAGGAUGUCAAAUUGCAAGACCGAGAAGAAUAGCAGGAGAUCCACAUUUGGAAACUCUUGAUGGUUUCAGCUACGACUAUUUUGAUAUCGGAGAGUUUUGGUAUUGCAAAAGUCGUGACAAUGACUUUGGAGUUGCAACACGAUUUUUCAAGUAUCAACGAGUGUCACUCAUUGGAGCUCUAGCAAUCAAGGUGGAAAGUAAUAUUGUAACAAUUACAACUCCACACAAUCCUUCUCCAAAUGAUCUCCCUUUUGUGAGAAUUAAUGGUGUUGUCGUGACUCCACUAAAAGAAGAGAAGCUGAGUUUAGCUAAUGGCAGAGUGCAUAUGGAAGCCACUAUUUAUCAUAAUGAUUCCUCAUCAACAAAUGAAGAAGACAGCGGCACCAUUAGAGCUCUCAUUACUUUCCAGUGGUAUAAUGAUGUCUACUUGUCUGUUGAAGUUCGCUACAGUCCUGGCAUGAAAAGACAAUUCAUCAAUAUUCUCUUCUCUCCCGUUGCCAUAUUCAAAGGCAAAACAGAUGGUCUGUGUGGCUACAUGGACGGAGACUUGAAUAAUGAUCUGUUGGGAUCAGAUGGAAUCACUUAUUCACUAACAUUUGCAAAGACAUGGAGAAUCACGCAAACGUUUAGUGGCUCUGGUUUGAAUGGCACGUGGUCUUGGUCUCACUCCAACUUUCACAAAGACGAUGUGAUGGAUAUCUCCUACACCGAUCCUACAUUUGUACCACUAUACAGCAUUGCAGACUUGCAACCAUCUCUCAGACAAAUGGCCAUAUCAGUGUGCAGUCAACUGAAUCUAACGGGAAUAAAACUGAACGAGUGCAUAUUUGAUGUAGCGGUCACUAACGACACAUCCCUUGCCGAACAGGAAGCAUUCAAGAUUGGAUGUCCAACUCAAUGUUCUGGCAGAGGUCGUUGUGUUAACAACACUUGCGUGUGUGUUUCGGGAUGGUUUGGAGACGAAUGUAGUCGAGGUUAUUGUUUCUGUGUUGUUGGUGCUUGUGCAAAUUGCAGUGUAAAUGGGGACUGUGUGUCCGGAUUCUGUCGCUGUCAUUUUGGAUGGGAUGGACCAUUCUGUGAAAGGCCUGCUACUUGCUUUGGCGUAUCAAACUGUACUAGUGCUUCUCAUGGACUGUGCAAGUCGGACGAUGUGUGUGAGUGUACACCAGGUUAUAUUGGUGAGGCGUGCAAUGAGAGAGCGCGUUGUGAUAACUUGAACCAUUGUUCUAAUCAUGGCGUGUGUGUCGAUCAUGAUAAGUGUGAGUGUGAGUUGGGUUGGGCUGGUAUUAACUGCACUCUCUACUCGUGCGAACUCAAUGGAUACUGCAGCGGCCACGGUCGAUGCGUCGAUUUUGAUGUGUGUCAGUGUGAUGUGGGAUGGGCUGGUGGUAGCUGCACCACUCCUCUCUGUAACGGUGUAGACGAGUGUUUUGGUAACGGCGAAUGCGUGUCACCUAACGUUUGCCAGUGCUACGAUGGAUAUUCGGGUAGCAAUUGUGCCGUUGCCGACGUUUGUCCUGAAGUGAACGAUUGUUCUGGUAACGGAGUGUGCCUUUCGAAAACAAAGUGCAGAUGUUACUCUGGCUAUUCUGGUAAAAAUUGCAGUCAAGCACAGUGCAAAGGAAGGAACGAUUGUUCCGGUCACGGCAAAUGCGUUGAAGUGGAUCUGUGUGAAUGUGAGUUUGGAUACACCGACUCGAACUGCAGUUCCUACUCGUGCGAGACACAUAACUUCUGUUCAGGUCAUGGAACGUGUCCAUCGUUUGACCGAUGUUUGUGCCAAAUCCAUUGGAGUGGUGUAGCUUGUGACAUUCCCGAUUGCUCCAACGUGGACAAUUGUACCGACGUUUCUCACGGUACCUGCAUUGCUCCAAAUACGUGCUUAUGUGAGGCGCAGUAUGAUGGAGACAGUUGUAAUGAAACAGCAGAAAGCAACGCCAACCCACCAGUAUUUGCAACAUCAAAAGUCAGUCUGAUAGCUGCGUCUACCAGUCGCGUGGGAUCGACAAUUUUGAGUUUAUUUGCUACCGAUGGUGACCGCGGUAAAAACGGACACUUAUCUUACUCUCUCACCAGCACUAACAACAACCAUACAUAUUUUCGAUUAAAUGGUAGCUCGGCUGAUAUCAUUCUAUCAAAGUCACUCGAGUAUUUAACUGGAUCUCUAUUGACUUUUAAUGUCAUUGCUACUGAUGGUGGCGUGCCGAGUCUAACAGGAUCUGUAAACAUUGAAGUAUCCGUAGUGAAGCCCAAUGAACAUUGUCCCGUCUUCAAAAAUCUUCCCAAAGUCGUUCAUGUUCCGGAGGGUGCUGGGAUCGGAUAUGUGAUAGCUCACGUAACGGCAACCGACGACGACGGUACGGAUUCGGUCAAUGGUGUCGUCAGCUAUUCGUUGGAAACGACUAAUGCAAACACCAUCGCUACGCAAAACCAACUGUCGAGCGAUGUGGACGCGUUUUCAAUAAAUACGAACUCUGGAAUGAUAACAUCCCGUCGUCCACUGUCCGAUGAUACGUAUAGUGUGAUAGCAGUGGCGUCAGACCAGGCCAGUCCACCUUGCAGCUCUACAGCUACUCUUCAAGUUAAUGUACUCUCCUCUAAUACUCCUCCUCUCUGUGAACCAUCUAACGUCGCCACAUCUCUUCCCUACACUACAGCAGUCGGUUCGCAUGUUUUGCGUUUGGAUGCCGUAGACAACGAUAACGGGACGGAUGGAAAUCUGACCUUCUCUUAUUCUAACUUUCAAUCACUUUUCUUGCACAAUGUAUCACCAUUGGCACUGAUGCAACGUAACAAGACAGCAUACUUUCAGCUUUCCAAUCCACUCCGCUCACUUGCCCACAGCAAUUUCAAAUCUUACGAUCUCUCGUUUUUGGUAAGUGUGACAGACGCUGCUCGUCGUCCCAGAUCGUGCAGUUUUGCAGUCACUGUUCUUGUCACGCAUCCAUUUCAGUUUAGACACACUUCGCUAUCGUCUAGCAUCAACGAAAACACCAACAAAGGAGUUCCAUUGAUAUUAAUCCCAUCGUUGGAAUUGAUGACGAACUUGAGUGGAAUUAUAUACAAUCUGCACAAUGCAGAUCAGUUACCGUUUUCUAUCGACCCAACUACAGGAACUGUGACCGUUUCUGGAUCAAUCGAUUACGAAGCAAUCUCUUAUUACGAUAUCGCCAUAGUGGCUGGCACCUCCGUUGACCCUCAAGCUUUUUCUGUUGCUCACGUCGACAUCACAGUAAUAGACGAAAAUGACAAUCCUCCUCGUUUUCCAUUUUCACAUUACAACGUCUACGUAAAAGAAGACGUGGCCAAAGGCGUAACACUUUUGUCUCUUUCAGCGACUGAUGCAGAUUCACUAGGAGGACCGGUCGUGUAUUCACUGACUUCGCAGUCGCCAUCUAAAGAAGACCAACAUUUUGUGGUAACAACGACCGUCAAUGGAAUCACGAUUGAUGUAGCAGAUGACGCCAAUCUAGAUUACAAAAUUACAAACAGAUACCAAUUAGUAAUCAAAACGUGGGACCGCGCGAAUCCUCGCUUGUUCAGUGAAGCGUCUAUCACAAUUCACGUAGAAGAAGGAGACUUCCCAAGUCCGGCUUUCCAACGACGCUCAUACGACGGUUGGGUGCAAGAGCACGCAGUCACCGGAAAGAUUGUGUUGACUAUACCAGCUCUAGUCAAUGGCAAGAUAGGCAAUCGAGUCACCUAUUCAAUAACAAACCAGAUGUCCGACGCAUUGCCCAUCUCCGCAUUCGACGUGUCUGCUAACGGCUCCAUUGUCGUAUCUAAUUCGUCUCUUCUUGAUUACGAGACUCUUCAUCAGAUCAGCUUCACACUUGUCGCUACGGUUACUAAACCUCGUCUACGCACAGCUCAAACGACCGUCAUUGUGCAACUCGAAGAUGUUAAUGACAACCGACCCCAAUUUGACAAAAAUGAGUAUGAAGGUGAAGUUGUUCUCGACGCUGCCAUUGGGUUCACUCUAGCAAAUGUGACUGCUCAAGAUGCUGACUCGGGCUUGAAUGGCCAUAUUUCCUACGGUAUCGAGUCUGGAAAUGACGACGGAAUAUUUUCCAUCAACGCGAUGGGCAAAGUUCAGUUGGCAAGAUCGCUGAACGAGAGCGGCCUCGACAGAUACACGAUCACAAUUGUAGCUCGUGACCACGGACAGCCACCUCUAUCGUCUACAGCCACCGUCUACAUUACCGUCCUCUGUUCGUCAAUGGGAAUAUGCCCACAAAUGGCACACGUCGAUAGCAGUUCUACAGAUGUCCCGGUUGGAGUGAUCGCUGGAAGUGCAAUCGGCUGUGUUGCCAUCAUCGUAGUUAUCAUUGUGACUGUACUCGUACUGAAAAAGAAAACAAGAAAACAAUCACCACCCAACCAAGAGUGGACGGCGAGUGUGCCAAAUCCAAUGUUUAAUGAUUUGGCAGACAUUUCAACCGAGAUGUUCCACAGUCCCGCAAGCACCGAUGAUAAGCCAAUCUACGAGACGGUGGACUAAUAAAUGUGUACUAGCUCUUUAACAAAAUGGGGAGACAAACCAAACUGUAACAGUAUAUCUAGCUAAUGGUUGCAUAUCGCCUAAUCUGUUGUUGCGUCGUCGCCUUAAUUUUGCUGCUGUUGUGCUGAUUGCUUGCAGGCACACAUUGUUAACAAGCUGGUCUAGUAAUAGAAGUGAUUCUAUAGUUA